AUGAACAAUAGAUGCGUGCACGCAAUGUAAAACGUGAGGACUUUUUUGCGUACCUGGCCAACGAAGAGAAUUUCCUUUUAUGUUGCCUCUUAUAACCUCCGUAAUAAUGAGACAAUAGGAAAUAUUUAUUGUCAGAAUAUGUCUGGUGAUGGAAGAUGUGCUACUAUCCUUCGAGGAAUUUUCUGUUACCGGUAUAUGAAUCACUUCUUAUAACUUUUGCCAUUAAUGAGGCAAUUGAGAGAAUAUAUUGUCAGAAUGUCGGGUGAUGGAAGAUGUAUAGCUACCUUCGAGGAAGGUUCCAUCACACGUAUAUGUUAUAGCAAUAGAAUAUUCUGUUAUUCUCUAACGGGUUGUUACGAUUCCUUAACAAUGAUGUCUCUUGGAGGCAGUCCGACCGACCUAAUAGCCGACCAGCUAUAUGAUGAGAGAUUGACAAUAGAAAUGGGAAACUAAGUCCCUUAAGUACGAAUGACUUUUAGACCGACCAGAUUUGUAUUGAGAGUUGCCUCAUACAUUUGCCUUAUAUAUAAGUGGGGGCAUUGAGCCUCGUAAACCCAACUGCCGUUGUAACUGACCAUAUGUCGAGAGUUGCUUUAGUGUUACAAAAUAGGGAAUUAUGCCAUGUAAACCGGACUAGCCCUUGGGCCGACCGAGCAUAUGUUGAGAGAUAGGGAGCUAUGGCCUGUAAACCCGAUUGACGCUUGGGUCGACCAACCAUAUGCUGAGAGUUACCUUAGUGCUGCAAGAUAGGGAAUUAUGCCCUGUAAACCUGACCAGCCCUUGGGCCGACCGAGCAUAUGUUGAGAGAUAGGGAGCUAUGCCCUGUAAACCUGAUUGGCACUUGGGUCGACUGACCAUAUGCUGAGAGUUACCUGAGCGCUGCAAGAUAGGGAAUUAUGCCCUGUAAACCCGACCGGCCCUUGGGCCGACCAGACAUAUGUUGAGAGAUAGAGAGCUAUGCCCUGUAAACUCGAUUGAUGCUUGGACCGACCGAUCAUAUGCUGAGAGAUAGAGAGCUAUUCCUUGUAAACUCGACAGACGCUUGGGUCGACCGACCAUAUUAUGAGAGAUAGGGAGCUAUGCCCUGUAAACCCGACCGGCCAUUGGGGCUGAUUGGAUUUAUUCCAUGUGUCUUGGCACCGAGGUGUGGAACGUUGUGGCCCUUAAGUUCGGACGACGCUAAAGCUGACCGGCUCCGUACUAAAUACCUUAGCGUUAAAGAGUGAGAAGCUGAGUUUUGAUGAGAGUAACUUGGCCAUCUGCUUAUACUCAUUGAUUAUCACGUCACCUUGAGUUUAACUUCCACAUCACAAAAGUCUAUGAAUUAUCAAUUUUCUAGUUCCAAUUAGAAAUGCAGUCCCAAUGCGGAUUUUGAAGGCUUAAUGCAUGCCACACAAAGUGACAUACUGCUGGCUUAAAUUGAAGUUUGAUUAGUUUUCAAGAUCCUAUUUUUUAAAAUUUUGUUUUAUUUUUUAUUUUUUUCAAAAUCUCUAAUGCAAGUUGAUAAACACUGUCAGGAACAACAUCAACAUCAAGGAUUAAAAGCUGGCGAUGGUGGUUCUUGGUGGCCCUCAACAUCUUCUUCCUUCUCGCCGGCCAAACUGUGGCAACUCUUCUCGGGAGAUUCUACUAUGACCAAGGAGGCAAUAGCAAGUGGAUGGCAACUCUUGUUCAAACUGCAUGCUUUCCUAUCCUCUUCAUUCCCUUACUUCUUUUGCCUUCUAAACAACCUCCUCCAGCAGUUGUAGCCACAACUCCUCUUUACAUCAAGAUUGCUUUCAUAUACCUUGCUUUGGGCGGUUUAAUAGCCGCUGAUAACUUAAUGUAUUCGUAUGGUCUUCUAUACGUUCCGGUUUCGACUUACUCCCUCAUUUGUGCCACUCAACUAGCCUUCAAUGCCAUCUUUUCCUACUAUCUGAAUGACCAGAAGUUUACUGCUUCUAUACUCAACUCUGUUGUUCUGCUGACACUCUCUGCGGCCUUACUCGGUGUCAAUGAGGAUUCGGAGAGCUCUGAAGAGGUUUCGAAGGGGAAGUAUGUGCUCGGAUUCAUAUUGACAUUAGGAGCCUCAGCUACCUACUCGCUCAUCCUCUCCUUGAUGCAGCUUUCAUUUCAAAAGGUUAUCCGAAAGGAGACUUUCACAGUUGUAUUGGAAAUGCAGAUCUAUACUGCUCUUGUGGCGAGUUGUGUUGCGGUGGCUGGGUUAUUCGCGAGCGGGGAGUGGAAGAGUUUGAAGGGUGAGAUGGAGGGAUUUAAAAAGGGGAAAUUGGCAUAUGUUAUGACUCUGGUUUGGAUUGGUCUCUCCUGGCAGUUGGCAUCGGUAGGCGUCGUGGGGCUCAUCUUUGUCGUGUCGUCUCUCUUCUCAAACGUGAUAAGCACCCUGGCGCUGCCUACCGUGCCUAUAUUUGCUGUCAUCUUCUUUGAUGACAAGAUGAAUGGGAUCAAGAUUGUGGCAAUGCUUCUUGCCAUUUGGGGUUUUGUUUCUUACCUCUAUCAGGAAUGCCUUGAUGACUACAGAGCUAAGAAGGCUUCAGAUCAUGCUGCUGACCAUCUCUCUGGUUACGACCCAGCCACGAUGGAAGCUCAAGUAUACUCUGAUUAUUUUGAUACUUGUUAGUAUCUUUGACAAUGAAUCUUCUUUAUGCAUUUGUAAACAUAAAAUAGUUUUUUAUUUUUUAUUUUCGUGCUAGUCAUUUCUAGUUCAAAAUUCCCAUCCUUUUUGGUGAUUAUAAAUCUUCUGUAAUAAUUGAAAGUUUUCCUUCCCGAAUUAGCAAACUGAUCUAUUUCUAUCAAAUAAAAUAUUAUGUGUUGCACUAGGA